CACAACUGAAACUAAAAGGUUAAAACAGAAAGACUGGAGGCCAUUGAUAGCAGCUGAUGGAGUGUUUUUCAGUGUCUGUGUGGUUAUCGUCUGGGUGUUCUCGACAAGAAAGACACAUAACAGGAGAGCAUAGAGGCAGAGAGGCAGGCGGACACAGACAGAGCUACAGAGCAGAUCACAAAAAGGAGGUUAGUGCAGAGGCAGCUGAAAGGAUAUCAAAAGCAGUAAAUAGUUUGUUGAAGGUGGAUAUGGCCAGGUUAGAUGUCACAGAGAUGUUUCAUGGUAUUUCGUUUCCUGGACACCUGCACACUCAGGAUUCCUUGAAAUAUGCUGUCAGCUUUCCAUUUCGGGAUACGGAUAUUCUGAUAGUGUCUUAUCCAAAGUCAGGUACCACAUGGAUACAGGAAGUUGUGACUCUCAUACGCACCAGAGGGAACCCAGGGUUGUCCCAGACUGUUGAAAACUGGAAAAGAGCUCCUUGGUUGGAGCAUUAUUAUACCUCUGCUCUGCUGGAGACCUUACCUACUACAGCUCGAGUCAUCACUACACAUUUGCCUCAUCACCUGCUGGGCCCUGCCCUCCUGCACUCCAAAACCAAGGUCAUCUAUGUGAGCAGAAAUCCUAAAGAUGUGGUCGUGUCCUUUUACCACUUCCACAAAAUGGCCAACUUCCUCCCUGAGCCUCAUUCAUUUCCAGAGUUUUUGGACCGAUUCCUGGAGGGAACAGUGUCUUUCGGUUCCUGGUUUGACCACAUUAAAGGCUGGACCAGUCAGAUUAAUAGCAAUCUGCUUCACGUCACCUAUGAAGAAAUGUCGCUGGACCUGCACAGCACCAUAAAGAAAAUAAGCUCGUUCCUUCAGUGUCCCCUGGUGGAGGACGAGGUCAACAACUGCGUGAAACACUGCAGCUUCAGCAGCAUGACGGAAAACAAGAUGAUCAACUACACUCUCGUCCCUCAGGAAAUAAUGGACCACAGCAAGGGCUCCUUCAUGAGAAAAGGUAAAGUGGGAGACUGGAAAAACAUGUUCACAGAGGAGGACAGUAGAAAAUUUGAAACCGUCUUCACCUCAAAGAUGAUGGAGAACUGCACUUUAGAGUUUGUGUGGGAGUAGUGGGACAAAAAAAGAAGUCUUACUAUACUAUACUCACGAGAGUAUAGAUCACA